GCCGCAGCUACGGCUUUGGCCGCUGAGCCACCUCGAGAAUCUAUUGUGUGUGGGCUGACGCUGCCUCCGAGCCGUGGCCUUCUUACGCCCCAGCCGGUCGGCGAUGCACAGCUUUGGCUGCAGGAUCAGUCGCUUCGCGCACGCUGCUUAUACGAAGAGGAGGAGCCCGUCGAGGAAGAUGAGCAAGACGAGCUGAUCAUUCCCCUCGCUGGUGUGAGUGACGUGGAAGUUAAGGGCGACGGCCAGUUUGUGAUCCUAUCCCUUUCACCACCUCUCGCACCAACUGGUUUUGCAGUGGACUUCAUGGCGGAAGGUCAUCGAAUUUCCACUGUGACUCUUUCACCUUACGCAGAGGAGCUGAGACCUGUUCUGGCAACGCUGAUGAGCUGGCUACGGCAUCUGACCCUGCAUGGGCCCCGCUCGCUGGGAUUGACGCCUCGGCCGGCUGUCGAGCCUUUUGCCCUCCGCUACCAGGGCACUGUCCUGGAAGAGAGGGAUCUUGACCUCUUGGAGGACGAGCAGUGGCUCAACGACACCAUCAUGGAUUUUUUCAUGCGCCUGGCCAUCGAUGUGGCCGCACCAGCCAAGCUGCAAGAGGAACUGUAUGUCGCGAAGACGCAGUUCUUCACCCGCCUCACUGCCUGUGGCGCAUCCAGUGGUGAGAAAGGAUGGGAAAAUGUGAAAACCUGGACCAGGAGUGUUUCCGGGGGCGUCGCCUCACAGCGAGUCCUGAUCUACCCGGUCAAUGAGGGGAACCUCCACUGGUGUGUUUUCUUCGUGUGCCAUCCACACCGUGCAAUCGAGCUGGCCGACUCCAGUGAUGAACACCCAGAUGCACCACGCAUCGUUUGCCUGGACUCAGCCUGGGAACCAGUCCCGAAAGAUGAGCAGAUCAAGCUGCUGAAGGGCUACCUGCGAAGAGAGCUGUUCAACAAUCCACUGGGCGGCGCUGGCUUCAAACUUCCGGCCAACGGCAACUUUGUGGGACAAGCAGCCGUCAAGGCAUGGAAGGCUGCUGUUACGGGCCUAGAGAAGAUGAGGGCCCUGGAUGCCGACGUUCCAAAGCAACAGAACGUCUACGAUUGCGGCCUAUAUGUUCUUGAGUUUCUGCUAUAUCUCCUGCGUGCACCUGACCAGUUUGCGAUGCUGGGGCUGGAGUCGCACCAGGAAUGGUUCGACCAGUCCGUCAUCUCGCAUCGCCGUGGCGAAAUGAAGCAGAUAGUGCAGCGUUUGCUGAACGAGGGCCGCAAGUCUGGGCAGGCGGACGUGGCAAUGCUUCUGCGAGACGAAGCUCUGCACCAAUUUGUUCGACAGGCCCUGACAAGCGAACCAGCGCCUGCACCCUGCGAUGUAUGCGCCCCCUGGCAGCCACCGCCUGGCGGGCCAGAGCCGAAACGCCCACCAGCGCUGCAAGUCCCUGCGGUGCAGAGCGCAUACACCGCUCGUGGCGAUUGGGCCCAGUUCGCCUGGCAAACGCCUGCGAGGAGAGGUGCUGGAGUCUCCACGUGGGAUGAUUGGUCACAAGCAGAGAACGAGUUUUACAGGAUUUCUGAGGCGUGGGAGAUCGGCAUCUGUCGAGAGGUUGAGUCCGCCAGGAAGGCAGUGACCAACUGGAGAUGCUUGGAGUCUGUGAUGGCACAGAAGAACGAGAAGCACAAGCACUUUGCAUGGAGAGACCACGUGGCAACCUGGCGCACGGAUUGUGCUUAUUACCUCGGCAACGUGGGGACGGUCCGGAGGACCUACGCGCUUGCGCAUUGGCCGUUCAAAACCUUCUACAACGAGCUCAACCACCUGCUGCGAGAGUACCGGAGAGUGACCGGCUUGGUGAAGCCAAUCACUGCCAACCUCCUCAAGCCACAUCUGGACCAUCUCGAGUUCCAACUCAGGCCGGGAAUGGUGACGCUAACAUGGACGUCCAUGAAUAUUGACGGGUACCUCAAGUCAGUCUGGGAUUCAUUGGAUCAACUGGAGCAGCUUAUUGCCGGGGUGAACGACAUCAUGGAGAGCCGGGUUGAUGCAAACCUGCGCCUGGUGUCUCACGUCCUAUUGGCCGAGUUGCCCGAGGACAACAGACUCGUGAGUCUUGAUGAUUUCGUCGACAUUCAAGAAAGGCAUGUUCGACACACGACGGAGUGGCUGGUGGCGAAAAACCAAGAGAUUGAGAAUGCUGUCAACGACAUGCUGGGUACGAUAGUUGCGUUUCCCCUGGACGCGCACGUGCGUCGUAUCUCCGAGAGUGAGAUCAUCAAGGUCAAGGCGCACUACAACUGGAGCAUGUACCAGUCCCUCCUGGCAGCAACGAAACGCUCGCUGCACAAGGUGAAGGAGCGACUCUCCGCUCGCCCGUUGGAAGAUGGUUCCACCCCGCCGGCGUUCUUUGAAGUGGAGCUGCAGUUGGAUGGACUCGGGGUAUGCCUGCAGCCCUCCAUGGAAGACAUUCAGAGUGCCAUCAAUGGCGGUGCUGUGGCUUUGCUGAAGUGCUCCAAGAUGAUCGAGGCCUGGGAUACCGUGACAAUCCCAAGUACCGUGCAACUGCUGCUCAAUCCGAACCUUCCACCAGUCAGUGGCACAGGGGCGCAGGGAACCUUCUACGACAGAGUGGCGCAGGACAAAGAGAUAUUGAAGGUGGUUUUACUUCUCACUGGCAGCAUACAAAGUGCUCGAGAUGGCAAGAACAAGUACCUUAAGCAGUUUGAGCGCUGGAGCUGGCUUUGGAACUGCGACAUUGACGAAGAGUACAAGAAGUUUCGCGCAUCCGAGCCGACGUUGGAUGAGUUUGAGGCCAAGCUGCGCUCUUUUGCUCGUCUGGACGAUGAGUUUCAACUCAUGGAGCCUCGCAGGCAAAUCUCUGCGCUCUCCCUUCAGGCCGGCAGCCUUGCACGGAGCCUGCGAGAGCUGGCUGGACGCUGGAAGGAAUCCUUCGCUCGUGAGCUGCACACGCAGGCAUUCCACCGGUUGGAGGCCCUCAGCGAAGUCAUCAAGUCCACGAUGAAGAAGCUGAGCCGAGAGGUGGCAGACGGUGACAUUGAUGCGUUGGGCCACGUCAUGCGAACUCUGCGAGAGGUGAGAGAAAAGCAAGGCGAAAUCGAGUUAGAGCUGGAGCCGGUGGCCCAGAUGUAUGCCAUGCUGGAUUCAUACCUUCCAAACAUUCUUGACAAAGAGGAGCAGGAUGCGCGCAGCAUGCUGCAAUCAAGUUGGACGAAGCUCCUGGCAGAGAGUGAGACGCGACAUUUGGAGCUGACUGUCAAGCAGGUUCAGUUCAAACGCAACCUCAUCAAGACCGUUCAUGCCUUCAGACGAGAUGUUGAAAAAUUUCGCAGGGACUAUGAAGAGCGCGGCCCCAUGGUCAAGGGGAUUCGGCCUGGCCAGGCAGUGGAGCGGCUCAAGCGCUGCAAAGAAGAGUAUGAGGUGCAUGGUCGCAAACGCCAGAUUUUUGCCCUCGGUGAAGAUCUCUUCGGCCUUCCUCAUCAAACGUAUCCGCAGCUUGACCAGACAGAGAAGGAGCUCGAUUACCUGAGCCAGCUGUACGACUUGUACACGGCAGUUCUGGAGACCAUUGGCCGCUGGAAGGACUAUCUGUGGGUUGAGGUGCCGGGUGAGAUGGAGAACAUGAAGAAAGAGGCCGACCAGUUCGCGUUCCGGUGCAAAAAGAUGCCUGCACAACUUCGAGAGUGGCCUGCGUACCACGAGCUGAAGCACGAGAUCGAAGACUUUCAACAGGUACUCCCGUUGCUGAUGGAGCUGUCGAAGAAGAGCAUCCAGCAGCGCCACUGGCAGCAGGUGAACGACAUCACUGGCAAAGACUUGCAGGUUGAACGGGAAGACUUCAAGCUUCAGUCUCUCAUUGAUGCGAAGCUCAACGAUUUCAAGGAUGACAUCACAGACAUAACGGAGUCGGCAGACAAGCAGCAGAUCAUCGAGGAAAAGCUCGCAGAUAUCACAGCUCAAUGGAAUACCAUGUCUUUCGAGUUCUCUACGUGGAAGACGCGUGAGGUCCCCUGCGUCCUGGUCGGUGGCAAAGUCACAGAGGUACAAGAAGCGCUGGAGGAAACGCAGAUGUUCCUCAAUGCCAUGAAUGCACAGCGCCAGUCGGGGCCUUUCAAGGAAGAGCUCAUGGUCCCGGGCCAAGAAGACAAACCAACACUGACGUCUGCGCGGCACACUGUUGCCUCGCAUUUCCAGCGAGAGCGCAUCACAUCUGAGUUCUUGAAUUUGACGUUUGCGGCGGCCAACAACGACGUUGAAUACAAGAUCAACUUCGACCAAUUGUCAGAAGGAGAGGAAGAAGAUCAAUUUACAGGUAAGUUUCGAGUACGCAGCCGUUCACUCCCUGCUCGCAUCUCUCGGGAGGAACCAAUCUCGUCACGGCGGUCCUCCAGCAACGGUGACACUCAUGCCUCCACCUGCACAAGUCGCGGCUUGGAUCAUGCAGGGGUGACACUGAACACAUUCCUGCAUCGCAUCCUCACCACAAGCGUGAUACACAAAGGCAUCGGUCUGUCGACGAAGGUCGUGCAAGCCUCUUCACUUCGGCCUCCUCGGAGCAAGACGGGGUCCAGAACAGCCGCAAAUCCUCAACAAGGAGCAACGCGAGUGGUCUAG